AAAGCUAACUAUUUGAUAAUGUCGACAGAUGUUUGUUAUAAAAUAUGAGAUAAACGGAAAAAGCAAAACAACCAACCGUGUUUUUAUUAUUUUUACAGUAAAUUAUUCAUGUUGAGUCAUAUUUGACAUAUUAUUAACUUUCUUUUCUUUUCUUCUGCACUUAUCGUCUGUUUUGAGGGGAAAAACCCAAUGAAUGUUGUUGUCGUUGUGGUUUUUUUCUCUUCUUCUUCUGCUUAUCUUAAUAUCAAUCGUAUAUUUAUGGUUAUUCAAAAAAUGAUUUCUUUUCUUCGAUCUCUUACUGUCUGCUAUCGAGUGAGUAAUAAAAGAAUACCCAUCUGUUAGUACUUUCCAUCAUAAUAUUAUUGAUUGUGAAAUAUGGAUAAUUUACUUCCAUGCUGUUCUAUUUUCUUUCACUUUCCUUUUUUUUUCUCUUACAAGAAAAAUAAAAACAACUAGGACCUGGUAUUUUUGCCAGUACAAAUAUUUGAUGUGACGUACAUCAUUAUCUUUUUCUUGUUCUUGUAUAUAUAGAAAAGAAAAUAUUUACGACCAUCGUUCCAUUACAACAUAGAAAAAAACAACCGUCUUGUAUCGUCAUUGAAGGUCCAAAAGCAAGUUUAGAUUUUUAGUAAUUUAUUGAUUUUUAUCGUUUUUCUUUUAAAAGAUUCUAAGUUUAUACGGGGUAAAUUAUGGUUUCAUUCAAGCUCAUCUCUCGUCUCCUUUGUUAGUAGUAGUAGCGCGGGUGUCUGGGCUUUAUUUUCGUCAACCAAUUGUUCUAAUGACAAAACUAAUUUCAUUUAGUUGAAGUAAACUGAAAUUGAUAACGAAAUUUUUAAAUAAAUGUGACAGUAAUUAUUUUAUUAUAAAACUAUUAUUUUUAUUUUAGAAAUAUUUAAGAACAAAAGAAAUGGCGGUUUCAAAUACACAAGAUUUGAUUGUCGAUGAAGCAGAGUUGAGUCAUCCAAUAACCAUCACACGUGGUAAAAUAUCUCGUACGUAUCUAGUCAUUGCAUAUCCAUCACAAAUAACAAGAAAUAUAACAAAUAGUCAUGCUGAUGGAACAACAACACCAGAUCCAAAAGCAGUCAAAAGAUGUCGAUGGUAUACUACUGGUAUAAUUCGAUUUCAUGUCAAUCCUGAAACUGGUUUCAUCUACGAAGCACGGCCGAAUUUACAUGAACUUGAAAUAACACUUGAAUGUAUAUUAGACAAAUCCCACAAACAACAAUUGGCUAAUCAUGGUGAAGAACGUUAUGGAUUAAAAUUAACAGUUGACAAUUUUGUCAUUUGUCCAUUUCAAACAUUUCUUGCACAGUUGACAAUUGACAUUGAUGGUAUUGUAAAAACGUUUUAUGGAACACUUAUGAAUAACAAAGAAUUGCAUCCAAUGCGAAUCAUUUUUAAUAUCGAAGAUUCAGAUGAAUUGUCAAAAAUCACUUCAAAACUCGCUCGUCCCCAUGAUAAUCAUAUUAUAUUGAGCUAUGAUUAUAGUCUAAGAGGAACUUCAACAGCUCAUGCUUCGUUGGAUGUUACUGCUGAAGAGGUGAGUCAAAUCAAUUUGGAAAAACAAAUAUUUGGCACAAGCAAAGCCGGAAGUAUGAUGGUAAGUCGAUCAUUUAUGGAUAAAGUUUCGGCUGGAAUUUCAAGCAAAUUGAGUGUUGUUGAGAAAAUCGGAGUUGGUGCAUCAUCAUGCGGACACGAUUUAAUUAAACAAGAAAUUAUUAAUGCCAUUUCGGAUGGUGGCUUUAAAAAGCUCAGUAUCGAUGAUAUAAAACAAUUGGAAAGCAACGAUAUGGGAGUUACCGAUGAUUUAAAAGCAAAUAUGAUUAAUUCAGUGUCUGGAAGCCAGGCAAAUAGCUCAACAUCAUAUCAACAUAGUUUAGACAAGUCUUCGUCGGCUAAUUCGUCAAACAUUUUGCAUGCUAACAGUGGAGCUAGUAAUCAAUCGGGAAGUCAAUCAUCGAACUCAUCACUAAGCCAUGGAGGGAAUGUAGAUGUUGGUUUUAAACUGUUUAGCGGCAAGGGCGGUUACAACUACGACAAUAAAAAUGCAUCUGAAUCAGCCUACGACAAUUCAAACAGUUAUGAUAAUAAAGAUCAUGCACAUAAAACUAACAAAAUGUCGCAGUUGAACGAAAAUUCCGGUAGCAAUUCAAACUCAAAUAUGGCAAGGGGGGAAAUCCACGGUCAAAUAAGACAAGUGAAAAACAUUGAUGUGGCAAUCGUUCAUCGACUGAACGUUGCUAAAGGUUUCAAAAUUUCAUUGGUUCGAUGGCAUCAUCAACUGUCAACAGCAUGUGUAAAAGGUCGAAUAACAACAAAAGACGAUACGGAAACAUUGGACGAAAUUCAAGCAAGGCAAAAAACAGAAGGACAAGCAAAUGUUAAUCGUCAAGAAUACGUGCCAACAACAACACAUAAACCAGAAAUUAAAAAAUCAACAACUUUGAAUGUUUCUGAAGAAAUAUGGGAAUUAGCAGGACAAUUAUCAUCGAAUAAAACACCAUCUGAACUUAAUUUAUCCUCAAAAAAAUUAUCGGAUAAUGAAAUUGAAGUAAUUUGUGAUAAAUUGAAAACAAAUCAAAGUUUAAAGGAACUUGAUUUGUCUUAUAAUAUUAGCGAUACAAGUGCUCUACUAUUAUCUAAUGCAUUAAAAACAAAUCGAAAUUUAGUUAGACUUAAUUUAUCUUUUAAUCAAAUUAGUGAUGAAGGUGUACGAUCGUUAAGCGAUGCAUUAAAACAAAAUCAUUGUUUAACUAUACUAAAUUUGUCUUCAAAUCAAAUUGGUGAUGAUGGUGUUCAAUUAUUAUCGAAUGCAUUAAAAGAAAAUCAUAGUUUAAUGGAACUUAAUUUGUCUUCUAACAGAAUUACUGAUGCAGGUGCUCGAUCAUUAAGUAAUGCAUUAAAAGUCAAUCGAAAUUUGACUAUACUACAUUUGUCUACUAACAUAAUUGGUGAUGAUGGUGCUCUGUCAUUAAGUGAUGCAUUGAAACAAAAUCAAAGUUUAAUUAAAUUUUAUUUGUCUUUUAAUCAAAUUGGUGAUGCAGGUGGUAGAUCAUUAACUAAAUCUAAUGAAAAACCAAACCAGAAUCGUGUUGACGAUGUUCUCCGAAACACAAUUGAUCAAUACGAUAUUUUACACACGUUACCUUUCGCGGAUUAUAUUUUGGCCCUCUCUGUUCCUGAUCAAUUACUCGCCCGCGUACUCAGCACUGGUAUUUCAAUCAAAGGGGACGGAAUGUUUCUUUCCUACACUGGGGUACGAACAUCUGAUCAGGGAAAAACAUGGCUAGUAAAUGGGGUGGACAUCUCAAUAAGUAAUCCUAAUUACAAUGUGGCUACGACAGAAUAUGCCAGAGCAAAUACAGAAUUCAACAAUGCAAACGUGCCUAUUUUACAACAGGUCAACGUAACACAAACACAAAGUUUAAUCAAUUAUUUAAAUACAAAAUAUGCACCCUGCUAA